GCUGACAAUAUUGCAAAAAUUAAAGAUAAAAUAAAGAAUGCUCUUGACGCACAUAAACAAAUAAAUAAAGUGGAGAAUGGAAUUGUAUCAUUAGACGAAAAUAUUGAGAAAAGCUCUGUUAGAUUUGAUUUAGAACCAAUUAUGGACGACAUUAAUAAAUUGCAAGGAAUUUUAAAAUCAAUCGAAAAAGAUAUUGAAGGUGCAAAAGAAUAUUUAGAUUCUUUAAAACAAUACAUCAAUAAUAUUAACAAUUAUGUUAAAUCCGAGAUCGAAAAAAAGAAAUCAUUUGAAAAACUUGAACAAAUUAAUAUGCAAAUAGAAAAAAUAGAUCAUAACUCAGAAGAAGAUCGAUGGAUUAAAAUGCUCGAAUCCAAAAUUAAAUCCCGAGAUGACCAAAUUAAACUUUUAUUAUUCGAACAUCUUAUCAAUAUUAGAUAUUCUAUAACACUAUUUAUUGAUAAGUGUCGUCAUGCUUAUAAAUAUUGGUCCCUAUCGGAAUCCAAUUUGGAACUUUCUAUUCUUAAAGAAAUUAAUGAAAUCGAGGUUAAUAUAAUGUUUAAAGGUCUUGAAGAUAUUUCCAAUAGUAAACCUCAACUCAAACGAACUACUCUUGAAUUUAAUGAAAAAAAUAUUAUUGAUGAAUUUAAACAAAAAAAAUCCGUUGAAGUUGUUAUUAAACCGGAUUGUAAUAAAUUAAAUAAGUAUGCUCGUUUAAGGGUUCAUGCCUUUAGAGUUUACCUAAAUGGUGCUGGUCCUAUAAAAGAUCAAGUUGCUCUUUUAAUUAGUCAUUCCGAUAAAUUUUCUGAUAGAGAUAAAAAAAAUCAAAUUUAUAAUUUUAUUUCGGAUUCUUCUGAAAGAGGUUUUGAAUAUAGAAUUUAUAAUGAUUAUUCUCCUGAAUUUGAUAUUGAUCAAAAAUAUAUAGAUCUUGAUAAUAUUUAUUAUGAUGAACUAGAUAGUCAUUUUACUCCAACUCCAUUUAGUCAAUGGACAAUUAGUCUUAGUCCGAAUGAUAAUGGUUCCUAUCCUGAUCUAUCCGGAUUAGUGUCAAUUAAUGUUCAUUUGAUGGUUUAUUGUCAUUGUGGUGCAAAGAAAAUACAAAAGGAUUUAACUUUAAAGGUGAAAUUUCCUGAGUAUAUUAUUUCUCAAAAAUGGGUUGUUUAG